AUGGCCCCUGAGUAUCGCUACCACCCCUACGCCUUCCCUGCCAGUCCUCCUGUUCCUCCUCAAGCUGACGCUCUUGGUGCAACUUACAGAAAGCACACCCAGAGAAGGACGGUUGAUUACUCUAGCUCUGUUGUCCAAUAUAUCCAGAAUCGAAGGUCGCAGCGUGGUGCAUGGGAUAGCCAAGUUUUGCAACCUACACCUGCAGUAGCGAUCGACAUGUCGAGGCCUGCUUCCUAUUCACACAACCCAUCAAAUAGCUUUGCUGCAAAGUUUGUGCAUAGUUGUACAAAUUACAAAGGCCGGGCCUCUUCGAUUAAUCGGGUUUUAUGGACACCUUCUGGGGGGCGUCUCAUCACAGGCUCCCAGAAUGGAGAGUUCACUCUUUGGAAUGGUCAGUCGUUCUACCAUGAAUUGACUCUUCAGGCUCAUGAUCAAGCAAUCAGGUCUAUGGAGUGGAGUUAUGAUGAUGAGAAUUGGAUCUCUGGUGAUGAUGGGGGUGCAAUAAAGUAUUGGACUAGUAAUAUGAACAAUGUGCUAGUCAAUAACUCUGCUCACCAAGAAUCGGUUCGGGAUUUGAGCUUUUCCAGGACUAAUUUGAAGUUCUGUUCAUGUUCGGAUGAUACUACUAUUAAGAUUUGGGAUUUCGAGAGGUGCGAAGAGGAGCACAGAUUGACUGGCCAUGGUUGGAAUGUGAAGAGUGUUGAUUGGCACCCUACAAAGUCUCUAGUAGCUUCAGGUGGGAAAGACAGUGUCGUCAAGCUGUGGGAUCCUAGGAGAGGAAGAGAGCUUUGCUCAUUUUAUGAUCACAAAAAUUGGGUGAAUUCUGUUAAGUGGAAUCAAAAUGGUAACUGGCUGCUAACUGCUUCCAAGGAUCAAGUAAUUAAGCUUUAUGACAUGAGGGCUAUGAAGGAACUCGAGUCGUUCCAUGGGCAUCGGAUUGAGGUGACUGCUCUAGCUUGGCAUCCAAUUCAUGAAGAAUAUUUUGUUAGUGGGAGUAGAGAUGGAUCAAUUUUCCAUUGGCUUGUUGGGCAUGAAACUGCCCAGGUUGAAGUUCCUAAUGCACACAAUAGCAAUCACAAUAAUAGUGUGUGGGAUCUGCAAUGGCAUCCUAUUGGUCACAUGCUUUGCAGUGGCAGCAAUGAUCGCACAACUAAGUUUUGGUGUAGAAAUAGGCCAGGAGAUAAAUCUAAUAUCAAUGUGAAUCAAAUUUUUGGUGUUCUGAAUUCUGCUUUUGCUGGUCAAAUGACCUGUAAUGCUCCUAUUCCAUUUCGUGAAGUAUCACCAACACUAACACUUGCUACUCGAAAAGAAGGAACCACUAUUCCAGGUAUUAGAACUGCCAUUUAA